AUGACUUCAUUAGCUGUUUUACCACUGUUGAAAAGAACUAUGACUGAUAUGAUGGAUGAAGAGUUGUAUCAGAUACCAUCAUCACCCAUUUUCACCACCACCACCACUAAUAAUAAUAAGCAAGAAGGAGCUGGUGACAAUUUCAACGAUGGAUUCACUUUAAACAACAAUACUACUACUAUUUCCACCAACUACAACCAUAACUCGUCUAAUAGAAACUCAAUCAGCUCAUCACCUAAUCUACCUUUUGCUCAACUUAACACCACCACCAAAGACUCUUCCUUUUAUAAUAAUGCUGUAAAUCAAAACAACUCAAGUAACAAUUUAGGUAAUAUGCUAAAUAUUCCUGAUUCAUUUCUUGAGCAAAUUACUUCUAAGGAAGGUAUUGAUCAGUUUAAACAGCAACAACAACAACCAACACUAAUAUCAGACUCUGAGUAUCAACAAGAUUCACAACCAACUUAUAUCAACCCAUUUACAAAUUAUGCCAAUCCAAACUCAUUCAUAAGACCAUCGCAAGCAUUUUCUCAACAACAACAACAACAACUACAACUACAACAACAACAACAACAACAACACAUGCAAUCUUCAUUAUAUAGAUCACACAGCCCUAGUUUUGGCAACAGUUCCUUUCCUCAGCCUCCACCUUUACCUCAAUCAUUUCCACAAAGGAGGAGAAAGAGAAUAACUACUAUUGACGAUUUGGAACCAACUGGUGACAAGAAAAAGAGCAUAGAUGAAGACUACUUGUUGUAUAAUCCUGAUGUGUCACCAGGUCAAGUUAUUCACGCUUCAGAGUUUGAUGAUGCAUUUUAUGUUCCACCGGGUAACAAUAAUGAUAUUAUCAAUGCUAAUUCAAUAGAGGAAUUUGAAAAUGACAUUAUUCCAGGGUUUGAAAAUGAUUAUUUGUAUUUGGAUGACGAACAUGAAGAAAUUGAAGAAGAUUUAUCUGAUGACGAAGGUGAUGAGGAUAAUUAUUUCCAUGUUGAUGAAGAAUUUGAUGAUUAUAUCAUGAGCAAUUCUGGGUACAAUAUCAUUAAUAACCAUUCUAAUGAGUACUCAACUUUUGAUGCUUUUAAAAAUAUAUCGUUGGAGGAUCAUCAACAUCACCAAGAGAACCAACAACAUGAAGAACAACAGCAUCACCAACAAGGACAACAACUGGAGCUACAUGACGAAAAUCAUCAUGAUUUGGGUAAUCCUGCUUUGCAAGAGUUGCAUGACGAGGCGGUUAUCAAGGUUGAUAAUGAAGACGAGUUGGAGUCUCAACCUAUAGUUUCCGAAGUUUCACCCUUGUCUAUUGAUUUGUCAUCAGCAUCUACACCUGUCGAAAUUGAUCCUACCGCAAUGACUAAUGUGGAUACAAUACAUAUCAAACAAGAACCAGAAGAUGACCACUUUUCAGGGCAUACUGAUGUUGAAGAUGACGAGGAUGCGAUGAUGGUUGAUGUUUCUGAUGAUGAUGAAAAUUUUGAUAGAGAAGGGCGUCAAAAAAUCAAAGUCAAGAAGGAAGAUGUUGAUCAUGAACACCCUUACAAGUUGGGUGCUGAAAUUUCUGCCAAUAAUCCAGAUCAUCGUUGUGAUUUGAUCAAUCCAAAUACAGGCAAAACUUGCAAUAAGCAAUUUUCACGACCAUAUGAUUUGAUUAGACAUCAAAACACCAUACAUGCAUCGAUGAAGAAGAUUUAUAGAUGUGUCAUAUGUGAAGGAAGAUAUAAAGGAGGUUUGGGCAAUGGUAAACAAAAGACGUUUUCUAGAAAUGAUGCCUUAUCAAGACAUAUCAAGAUUAAGCAUAACAUUGUUGGUGAUGAAGCAUUGGAGUUAAUUAAUGAAGCAAAGGAAAACGUUGAAUAUCAUCCGGUCACAGUUGCCGUUGCUGCAUAA